UUCUCCGGCUCGACGACGGCGGCGACAAACGCUGGCGCUUCUCGUCUUCCUCGACCUGCAAGGAGGAGCACCGGUACUGGAGAUGCGGCUGCUGCUGCCGGGUCUACACGACGUGGAGGUCCUGCAAAUGCGGUUGCUGCUCUGGCGGACGAGGGGGAGUUCGAGCUGCCGGGCGACUUCAACUUCAUCUUCAUCUGUGCAGAUCAGGUGGAGUACUUGCUUGAGGUCCAGGUUCAUCCUCUUCUGGUGGAGAACAAUUCAGACGCGUACGAUUCGCUUGAUUCGGGUGGGAACAUUACAAUCAAGUGGGCACUGGAAUGAUCAUGUGAUGCAUUGUUUGAAGUUAAGACUAAUUCAGUUCAGUCUAUUUGAAGCUAAGACAAAUUUCCUUGGCAUUUCACUAGAUGUGGUGUUAAUGGCCUGAAGAUUUUAUCCGAUUAUCCACCAUUCAUCCUGCAACCGGACUGGCAAAUACUGUCGAAUAUGUUCAGAAGCAGAAAUUGGAACAAAGGAAAACAUCACAUGCUCCGACCAGAUUAAUUUCCAACUUAGCUAGAUGCCUAGUUAUGGGAAUCGACCAGAUUAAUUUCCAACUCAGCUAGAUCGUUGCUAUGGAGACAGAGGAGUCAUAGGUUGGUCAUCGCCCCCUCCUCAAAUCCCAGGCACUCCUUGUCUCCCCUAUCAGGUCAGUUCAGUCUGUUUGAAGCUAAGAUCAAUUCAGUGCACAUCAGCUUUCUCAUUCUUACAUGAGCAAAUUUCAUGAAAAGAAUCUUCUGUGAGAACACAUCGAUCUGUUUUUUUUCAAAUGCAGGAGCACUCUAUGGAUUACAGAAGAAUUGAUUUGUAAGAUUGCCCACAAGUGAUA